AGGAGCAACGAAAAUCCAGAUUUCCUGGUUAAGGCCAGGCGGGAAUUGCCUGACAACGAGGCUGAACCAUAAACGUUUCGCGCGCAAGCAAAACUGAACACAACAACUGCAACAAGCACAGCGAAGCAAAGCUAAAUUGAUGUGUGCGUGGUGUGUUUGACUUAGGGAAAAAAUCUAUUGCAGGAAAAGUUAUGGAAAACCUUCAAGUUCAAGACUGGUUAGAGUAUCGAUGCAAAGCCGGAGAAAUCCUCUUUUAUUAUAGUAAAAUUACCUCAGAGCAUAGGUAUCCAGAGUGGAAUCCUGAAUCUAAGAAAUGGGGCUUAGGACAAGCCAUUGAUUGCUUUGCUGUGAACAAAGCUAACAGCAUAAUGACCCAAACUGAUGACAUAGGCUGUAAAAAUGGAUGCACCUUCAUGUAUGUAGACAUUCAACAAGAACAACAACCAGAAACAACCUUGCAACCUUACACAUGCAGUUCUGAUUGUGAAGAUUCAGUUGGUCUUGAGGAUCAAGCAUGUCAAUUUCAAGACUGGAUAGAGUAUCGAUGCAAAGCUGGAGAAAUCCUUUUUUAUUACAACAAAAUCACCACUGAGCAUAGAUAUCCAGAGUGGARUCCUGUAUCUAAGAAAUGGGGCCUCGUGACUAAUUCAGAUAUUGUGAACCAGAGUAACAGCGUAAUGACACAAACAGAUGAUACUGGCUGCAAAUAUGGAUGCACCUCUAUUGAUGCCAUCGACCUACAACAACAGGAAUCAAGUGAGCAAUUUCGCACAUGCAGUUCAAAUCACAAYAUCGCAAUUAAUAUGGAGCAAGCAUUUCAAUACCAACAAGAACCAAUGGAACAAAACAUUGUGACAAGUGACAUUCCUUCACAGACUGACAUAGAAAGUUCAAAUCCUUGCGAAGACCAAGUAGAUCUUGAAGAGAGUAACAACACAAUGCAGCAAGAUCAUCCAGAUGAAGUAGUUCACGGUGUUGAUUUUGUAAACAAAAGAUAUAAUCUCAGAUCGCAACACAAAGAUGUCAGUCUUAGAGAAGCUGUUCUUGAUGAAGGCAGUGAUAGCGACAGUGUUGAGAAUUCAGAAAUGAUGAUUGAAAAUAUGGAAGAAGAAAUUCAGGGAACAAAAUUAUGCCAUGCAAAUCACAGGGAAGAGCAACAAGUGAUAUUCAGAGAAUCCCAGAUGAUUCUGAUGUAG